UAAAUAAGAAUAAUUAAGAAUCACCCCCCAACUAACUACACUAUCAAUUAGGUUUUCUCUUCACCUUUCAAAAAAUCCCUAAAUCCCUCUCAGCAACUGCAGCUUCCGCGCCGCCCUACCUCACCGCCAUGGCAUCGGAGAAGAAGCUGUCGAAUCCAAUGAGGGAAAUCAAAGUUCAGAAACUCGUCCUCAACAUCUCCGUCGGCGAGAGCGGCGAUCGUCUCACCAGAGCCGCUAAGGUCUUGGAACAGCUCAGUGGCCAAACCCCUGUUUUCUCCAAGGCAAGGUACACGGUGCGUUCUUUUGGGAUCAGGCGUAAUGAAAAAAUUGCAUGCUACGUGACAGUACGAGGUGAUAAGGCAAUGCAGCUCCUCGAGAGUGGACUGAAGGUCAAGGAGUAUGAGCUGUUGAGAAGAAACUUUAGCGAAACUGGUUGCUUUGGGUUCGGUAUUCAGGAGCAUAUCGAUCUUGGAAUUAAGUAUGAUCCUUCAACUGGUAUCUAUGGUAUGGACUUCUACGUUGUCCUAGAGCGCCCUGGCUACCGGGUUGGGCGCCGCCGCAGGUGCAAGUCCCGCGUUGGUAUCCAACACAGGGUCACGAAGGAGGAUUCGAUGAAGUGGUUCCAAGUAAAAUACGAAGGUGUUAUCCUCAACAAGGCCUCCAAUAUUGGUGCUUAAUUCUGAUCUCAGUUAUACUAGACAUUUUCAGCUGUUUUCUGUGAAUGAUCUUCAUAUUUCAUUCUACAUCAAAUUGCUUGUACUUGGGAUUUCACCCCUAAUUUAUCUUCUCAUUAUUUGGUUAUCA